UCUGCCUCUCGGGCCGCCCAGUGCCCGCGAUCACCUGAAGCUUGCAGCGCUAGCCAGACGGCGGCGGCCAGCGCGGUCCUGACGCUCGGGUCCCGGGAGCUGCGAGCGAGCGUGGCCGUCCCGCGCGUCUCCGCGGCGGAGGAUGCGGGAGCGCAUCUGGUGGCCGCUGCUGCUGCUGCUGCUGCUUCUGCUGCCGCCGCCACUCCGGGGCGGCCCCCGGGAGGAGCUGGAGUCCGAGCCGGGGCCGCUGCAGCCCUACGAUCUGCUCUACGCCAGCGGCGUGGCCGCCUACUACCGCGGGGACUACGAGCAGGCGGUGCGGGACCUGGAAGCGGCGCUGCGCAGCCACCGGCGCCUGCGGGACAUCCGCGUGCGCUGCGCCCGCCACUGCGCCGCCCGCCGCCCGCUCGCGCCCCCCGCCGUCGGGCCCGGGGCCGAGCUGCCCCUGCUCCGCUCCUGGCUGGAGCGGGCGCGCUGCCUCGCCGCCUGCCAGAGCCAGCGCCUCGGGGGGCCUGCGUCCCGCCACCGCGUCAGCGAGGAUGUGCGCAGCGACUUCCAGCGCCGGGUACCCUACAACUACCUGCAGCGAGCCUACAUCAAGCUUAACCAACUGGAAAAGGCUAUGGAAGCAGCUCAUACAUUUUUCAUGGCCAACCCUGAGCACAUGGAAAUGCAGCAAGACAUAGAGAAUUAUAGAACAAUAGCAGGUGUUGAAGCAUCCCAGCUGGUAGAUCGAGAAGCCAAACCACACCAGGAGAGUUACAAUGCAGGAGUGAAACAUUAUGAGGAUGAUGACUUUGAAUUGGCUAUCAAGCAUUUUGAAAAAGCAUUAAGAGAAUAUUUUAAUGAAGAGAUCGAAUGUCGAGUCCUGUGUGAAGGGCCUCAGAGAUUUGAAGAAUAUGAAUACUUAGGGUAUAAAGCUGGUCUCUAUGAAGCCAUUGCAGAUCAUUACCUGCAGGUGCUGGUUUGUCAGCAUGAAUGUGUGAGGGAACUUGCCACUCGCCCUGGUCGCCUCUCACCAAUUGAGAACUAUCUUCCCCUGCAUUAUGACUACCUACAGUUCUCUUACUAUCGAGUUGGUGAAUAUGUGAAAGCCUUGGAAUGUGCCAAGGCUUAUCUUCUGCUCCACCCAGAUGAUGAGGAUGUCCUCGACAAUGUGGAUUACUAUGAAAGUCUUUUGGAUGACAGCAUGGACCCAGCAUCAAUUGAGGCCAGAGAGGAUUUGGCAGUGUUUGUGAAGCGCCAUAAAUUGGAGUCUGAACUAAUAAAAUCAGCUUCAGCAGGUUUAGGAUUUUCAUACUCUGAACCGAAUUAUUGGAUCAGAUAUGGAGGACGCCAGGAUGAAAACCGGGUCAUUUCAGGAGUGAACACGGAGGGCUCAGGAGUUCAUGGAUUGUCAACAGCAAAAAAAUCAUCACCAAAGAUAGAAAGAGACCUAAGAGAGGGGGGCCCCCUGCUCUACGAGAACAUCACGUUUGUAUAUAACUCUGAGCAACUGAACGGGACUCAGCGGGUUCUCCUAGACAAUGUCCUGUCUGAAGAACAGUGCCGGGAGCUCCACAGUGUGGCCAGUGGAAUUAUGCUUGUGGGCGAUGGAUACAGAGGGAAAACUUCACCCCAUACACCCAAUGAAAAAUUUGAAGGAGCAACUGUCCUGAAAGCACUCAAAUUUGGUUAUGAAGGCCGAGUCCCAUUGAAGAGUGCCCGCCUGUUUUAUGAUAUCAGUGAGAAGGCUCGGAAGAUCGUAGAAUCCUAUUUCAUGCUGAACUCAACUCUGUAUUUCUCCUAUACACACAUGGUCUGCCGAACAGCCCUGUCAGGUCAACAGGAUAGAAGAAAUGACCUCAGUCAUCCUAUCCAUGCUGACAACUGCCUUUUGGAUCCAGAAGCCAAUGAAUGCUGGAAGGAGCCCCCUGCUUAUACAUUCCGGGACUAUAGUGCACUUCUCUACAUGAAUGAUGACUUUGAAGGAGGAGAAUUUAUAUUCACUGAGAUGGAUGCCAAGACUGUGACUGCCUCUAUAAAACCAAAGUGUGGACGGAUGAUUAGUUUCUCAUCUGGAGGCGAGAACCCACACGGAGUGAAGGCAGUCACUAAGGGCCAGAGAUGUGCUGUGGCUCUGUGGUUUACCUUGGACCCUUUAUACAGAGAAUUGGAGCGGAUACAAGCUGAUGAAGUGAUUGCGAUACUGGAUCAAGAGCAGCAAGGAAAGCAUGACCUGAAUAUCAACCCCAGAGAUGAGCUAUAAAAACGAGGGGGGGGGGCAAAUGUUCUAUCAGAUAUUUAUUUAAAUUGUUAAACUUAUGAGAACUUUUCUAUUUUUGUACAGAGCCAUGGUAUAAAUUAACAGGUUAAUGUGAGUCACCAGCUCCCCCUUCUGUUCCUAAGGAUGCUUACAUUGCAGUUUGUUCUUCAUGUCCUGUACAUCAGUUUCUCUAAAGAUCUCUCUCUCUCUCUCUCUCUCUCUCUCUCUCUCUCUCUCUCUCUCUCUGAGCUAAAGAUACAAGCUUUCAAGCAGAUAAAGUAAGAGUUCAUUAUUCUUGGCAAAACUUUAAUUCUCAUGCAUCUUCCUGUUCUAAAGUUAGCAUGCAAUUUGGGCUUCAAAGAACUUUCUGGUUCUAUGCCAAUGAGCCGAACUCUCUCACGGUGCGGAGAGCCCUGAAUCUGAGUCUUAAGAUCCCUCAUGUGGUGCACACUGUUUCAUGUAUCACUGAACUAAGGAUCCUCAGUCUCUGAGCAGGGACAUUUUUCCUGAGUAAUGCAUGAAUCAAGACCCAGCCAUCCAUCAGCACACUUCUGGGCUCUCGUAUUUUCAUGAUAGAGAAAAGCCAACUCUGGAAUUAAGCUCUGUCUGCCUCAUAUCCAGGGGAGACUGCCCCCUAAGUUGUGUCUUCUAAAAAAUUUAAGGGUUAAAAUGGAAUGUCUGCUUGCUCUCAUGACUUUUGAAGAAAAUCAUUAAUCCCACCUGAAUCAGGGCACUUGCUCUUGCCACGUUGCCUCAGAAUAAGGUUGAUUGGUGAAAAGGAAUGUUUCCUUUGAAAAAUUGAUUUCUGAUAAUUCCAAAUUUUCAUCUGCACAUAUUUUGGUUGUCAUUCUGCCUCGCUGCACUCCAGCACACAGAUUCAUACUGGUGUCUGAUUUGUUUAAUAAAGGGAGCCUUA